CUCAUAUACAUACUCUCAUCUCAACUCACUCUCUCAAGUGACUCUCAUCUCUCUCACUCUCUUACUCUCUCACUCUCUGGUUCUUCUCUCUGUCAACUCUCUCAAACCCAUGUCGAUCCAGACCAGAUCCAGUCUCAAGAACAGCCGCUCCGCCGUCCUCCGUCGCAACACUUCCUCUACCAUCCUCCAUCGCAGAUUCGCAGCACCGCCGUAGGCCGUAGCACCUCCUCUCUCUCUUCUCUCUCGCCGUAGCACCGCGGUUUCAGCCAUGUUUCGGCGUAAAUCUGAGUCGAUCGACAUGGAUCCGUGCGCGAUCCACACAGAUCUGUGUAUAUGUAUACAUGUCAACCUUCUAUAGAAUAUACAAGAAGAAAUCAACAGAAGGAUUUCAAUCGACACCUUACGCUGUUGCACUCUUCAGUGCUAUGUUACUUUUGUACUAUGGUUUUUUGAAGACAAAUGGGCUUAUGAUUAUUACAAUCAACACCAUAGGAUGUGCCGUUGAAGCCACAUAUCUUCUAGUCUUCAUGAUAUAUGCAACAAGGGAGGCCAAGAUAUAUACGACAAAGCUGCUUAUCAUGUUUAACGUAGGAGCAUUCGGUUUGAUCACGCUUUGCACAUUCCUAUUCUCCAAAGGGCAUCAGCAAGUCACGAUUGUCGGAUGGAUCUGCGCUGUCUUUUUUGUCUCUGUUUUUGCUGCUCCUCUUAGCAUCAUGAGGCUGGUUAUAAAAACGAAGAGCGUGGAGUACAUGCCAUUUGCACUCUCAUUUUUCCUCACACUAUGUGCAAUCAUGUGGUUUCUUUAUGGUUUUUUCAUAAAGGAUUACUACAUUGCAGUAAGUGUCCACAAAAUUUAUGUACACAAUGCAUUAUAUGUCUAUAAUUACAAAAUAUUGUUACCACAAUGCAUUAUAAAUUUUGUUACAAAAAUAUUGCAUUAUAUGUCUACAUUGCAGUGAGUCUCUCGGGUCCUGAAAAUAUCUUUCAAAUUUUUAAAUUAAAAUUGUAUAGUUUUAGAUUUUUGUUACUUAUUACUAAAUAGUUUCAUUUAUUUAUUUAUUUUUCUUGUUUUUGCGCAAUCAGAUGCCGAUGCAUUUGGGAUUGCACAAAUGGCGCUGUACAUCGUCUACAAGUAUGCAAAAAAACAAAUUUUAUCCCAAGUUCACUGAAAAUUAAAAAAAAAAAAAUACACAAAUUCACAACGGAAACAAAAGUGCAAUAAAUUCUUAAACAUCCAAAAUUACAUCAUUUUUUUCUUUACUUUUAAAUUUACGCAAUUUUUUUUUUUUUACCACAAGUGAAGCUGAUUGAUCACCGUUCCUAAAUCUUGCAGCUUCACUUGUGAUAAAAUUUGUUUAAAUUUAAAAGUAAAGAAAAAAGUGAUGUAAUUUUGGAUGUUUAAGAAUUUAUUGCAUUUUUGUUUUCGUUGUGAAUUUGUGUACUUUUUUUUUUUAAUUUUCAGUGAACUUGUGGUAAAAUUUGUUUUUUUGCAUACUUGUAGAUGAUGUACAGCGCCAUUUGUGCAAUCCCAAAUGCAUCGGCAUCUGAUUGCGCAAAAACAAGAAAAAUAAAUAAAUAAAUGAAACUAUUUGAUGGUUUAAAUUUAGAAGUAAAGAAAAAAGUGAUGUAAUUUUGGAUGUUUAAGAAUUUAUUGCACUUUUGUUUCUGUUGUGAA